AUGUCUUCAAAAACACUACCGUCAGAAUCUCGGGGCCCGAGUCCCGGCCAAAACUCCGGAGCCACGUCAGCCUCCAAUAGCCCCUCGAACACCGAGGUGGAGAUGAAGCCCAUGCGAUCUGAUCCCCCCAAGGGUUCAAUCCCUCUGGGGGAGGAUGUGAUGCAGUUGGCUCGGAUGGGGGAGAUUGGUGCUAUGCAGAAUCUAUUUGCGGCCAAGAAAUUCACCGCAAACCACCGAGAUGAGGAGGGCAUCACCCCGUUACAUUGGGCCGCUAUCAACAACCAAUAUGCGAUGUGUAAAUUCCUACUCGACUCCGGAGCCGAUGUCAACGCCAAGGGAGGAGAGUCGGUGGCGACGCCAGCCAUGUGGGCAGCACAGCGGUGCCAUUAUUACAUUGUCAACCUGCUGCUCCAGAAUGGAGGAGACCCUCUUUUGACGGACGUACAAGGCUACAACAUCCUCCACCUCGCGACCAUCGACGGCAACGCUUUCCUGGUUGUCCUGCUUCUCCACCAGGAGAUCCCCGUGGACGUUAUUGAUCAACAAGGGCAUACUGGAUUGAUGUGGGCCGCGUACAAGGGAUAUCCUGCUUGUGUGGACUUGUUCCUGCGCUGGGGCGCCAAUGCGAAUGCCGUGGACGAAGGUGGCUUGACACCGCUCCACUGGGCGCUGGUAAAGGGCUCUAUGCCCUGUGUCCUGAAGCUGCUUGAAUUCGGUGCCGACCGAUUCGCCCAAACCCGGGAUGGCAAGUCCCCAUCGACUGUGGCGCAGGAAAUGAACACUUUGCGGGUGUGGUACCGCUCGCUCAACGAGCGCGGCUAUGAUCCCGAUGGCAGCCAGAAGGUGGUGCCUUUUGGCAUGUCGGGCUUCGUGCGGAGCAAGAGCCUCAUGGCCAAGUUUUUCUUCCUCUGGCCCUUCUUGACUAUCCUGUUGGCCAUCUGGUUGUUAAGUAAUCUGGCAAUCUUCAUUAGUGUGCCUGUUACAUUGGUGACCGUGUUUGGUAUGCAGUAUAUGGCACAGCAGGUGGCGAACAAGGGACCUUCAGAAUAUCGAAUCCUGCAAAAGACGCCAUAUCUGGCUGGUGUCUUCGCAGCUACGUUGUUCUGGGUCGGGUUCCGUUAUGCCUUCAAGGUGCUGCCGGCGACCUACUCUUCUAACCCGAUUCUGAACAUCUUGUUCGCUGUCUUCUUCUGCCUCACUGCCUAUUUCUACAUCUUUGCUAUGGUACAGGAUCCUGGCUAUGUCCCGAAGCUUAGCAGCAGGAAUCAACAAAGAGAGGUUGUCAAGGAACUCUUCGAGCAGUGGAAGUUCGACGAGGAGAACUUCUGCAUUCCUUGCAUGUCUCGCAAGCCACUCCGAAGCAAGCACUGCCGUCGUUGCGGGCGUUGUGUUGCGAAGCAUGAUCACCAUUGUCCCUGGAUUGACAACUGCGUGGGAUCAAACAACCUCCGUCAUUUCGUUCUCUAUAUCAUCUCCCUCGAAGUUGGCAUCAUCCUGUUUGUCCAGCUGACGAUUGCUUACAUCAAUGCUCUUCCCGCCCCUACUGGCGCCACAUGCAGUGUCAUCAAUGACACACUAUGUGACUACGUCUCCCGGGACACCUUCACCCUGGUUCUCACCAUCUGGACCAUCCUCCAGCUGGUCUGGGUCACGAUGCUGUGCGCCGUCCAACUGGUCCAAAUCUCCCGCAACCAGACCACCUCUGAGAACAUGCGAGGCCACCACAUCGACCGGUCCUACCCAAGCUCUCAGGCCUUUGCCUCAGCUAUGACAGCCGGAACCACCUCCAUGGAAGCUGCCGGCCUCUCUGCCACCGGCACCGGCCCCAACCCAGCCCUUAACCGCGGCCCUGCACCCCGCCCAAGAGGUGGCUGUCUCCAGCAAUGGUCCUCCCUCCUCGGAAUCGACACCUUCUGGACGACCGCCAAGGAUGGACUCCGCGAUGGACCACAAGCAGCUCGCCCCCGCAACCCCUUCUCUCGCGGACCCCUCACCAACUGUCGCGACUUUUGGUGUGACCCAGCUCCUCUCUUUGGCAAGCGCCAGUCUGGAUCUGCCAUGCUGGGUGGUGAAGUGGUGAACUAUCAUGACAUGUAUGAACCCCCGAUGCGCAUGCACACCGGUAGCCGGUCCGAGGGCGGGAACUACCGCAGUGUUGCAGCCGAGGACCCCGAACGCAUGGUCUAA